UAGUAUGCGUGUCAAGUGUUCGGUGUAAACUAGGUCAAUUAACGUAUCUGUUAUAGGUUAUAUUAUCUAUUUAAUAUAAAAAUAAAAUUAUUACUCGAUUAAGUGGAUCAAGUUCAAUACGUUCGUCAGCGAGUGAACGUAGCUGCAUUAAAGACAUCGACUGUGAAAUUAUUGUUCUUAAUUUUAAUGAUGGUAAAAGUUGAAUGGUUCUGCAUUGUACCAAGCUGUAAAUCAAAUUCAAGGACGCCUGGUCAUUUUUUCCCAAAGAGUCCAAUAUUAUCAGAAAAAUGGAAAGAAGCUGUAAAUAAUAGUAUAAUUUUAAAUAUCUCAUCAGAAGAAUUAAGAAAAUAUAGAGUAUGUCACUUGCAUUUUUUACCUGAAGAUUAUAUUUAUAUUCAAAAUCGUCGAAGACUGAAACAUAAUACAGUAUCUAGUGUAAAUAUAUAUAAUACGCAGACAGUUACAAACAGUACAGAAAUAAAUGAUGCAAACAGAGAGACAAAUGAUGCAAAUACAGAAAUAAAUGAUGCAACUGACAUACAGUUGCAUUCACAAUCUGAAACAAAUACUGAAUUACAUUUACAAUCUCAAACCAGUAAUGAACCUGGACCUUCUACAAGUAAUUUUAUAUGUGCAGAAACAAAUAUGCAAAACGAUCAAAAUAAUAUCACAAAUAAGGUUAAUAGUCCAUCACGAAUAUCAAGAAAUAUACUUGGAUCUGUUACAAGACAACGUCAUUUAACACCAAAAGCACAAAAAAUAUAUAAGAAAGCCGUAACAUUAGCGAAGGAAAAAAAUCGAAUAAAAAGACAAAUAAUAGAUUAUAAAACACGCCUAAAAGAUGCAAAGAAGUUAUCAAAUACUCAAUUUUGUAAAAAGUUUAACAGUUUAACUCCAACGCAAAGAUUGUUUUUCAAUAUGCAAUUACGAAAUACAAAAUAUGCUCCAAAGGUACAUUUCAAAACAUUAUUUAAUGAAUUAAAAUCUUCAUUAGAAUCAAUAUGUCCUGAACGUAGUUCACAAUAUUUCAGUAAUAUAUAUUUUGAUUCAGAAACAUACAAUAAUGUAAAUUUGCAAUUGUAAAU